ACUGAAUUAGAAAUCUAGCUUUGCUCUGGCUGUGUGUUUUUAUUGAGGUGUAAAGCAUGUGUAAGCUGCUGAGCUGUGAAUGUUACUGUUGUUCAAAGGCUACAUUUCAGGCAACUUUCACAAAGCAGCACUUUCUCAGCCUGAAAAUAUUUACUCACACUAAUCUGACUCACAGAAAUCUUCUAGCAUAUUUUCAAGCAAAAAGAAAAAAAAGGCUCUUGUUAUUUUUAUGAAAUUAAUUACAGAUUUUGGUGGGGGGAAUCUAGUUUACAAAUACUUUUCUUGGCAGCUGGUCCACUAUUAUUUUCUCUCUACAAAGAAGAUUUUUUUUUGCCUGGCCCACAAGAGAGCAUCACAUACUUUGACUUAAUUCAAUCGGAAUGAAGCUCAGGACUAAACAAUAAACACUGCCAAAAUGGUAAUGCUUUGUGAUGUUUUGUCCAGUUAUUAAAAAAUAAUGGGGUAACAUUUCCAUUAAAACACUAAAGUUAUUUUUUGUUAGCACAGUUAAUUAUUUAUUUAUUCUUCCAUAGUCUAAAGUUUGCAUGUCCUUUGAGGAAGCAGCUGCUGGUGGUACCAUGUUAAGCCUUCCAAGCUCACAGGGUGUUAAUACAGUGAGACACAGAUUUGCUGUGUCUCUCCAGUCACUGGCCUGCUAAGGCAAGAGCCUGACCCAAACUCCUUUGAGAGUGUUUCAUUUGCACAAGUUACUGCUUCAUGUCAAGAUGCUGAGUGACCUGGAGGUCAUUGCUCUGGAACUGUAGACCACCAUGGGUAGAAGGAACUUUAAAUAUUGUAGGUCUCAUUGUGCUGAUAACACUGGGAGUAGUCAACAACCCAUCGGAGCUCCCAGAAAAGUCUAGAUCAAUAUAUUCUGUCAACUCUUCAUGGCUUUUGUUACAGUUGAAUUUUGUGACAUGAAAUAGUAUCAAUAAAAUACAAAAAUAUUUUUACUAAGUUACAUUUUAAAGAUUAUUGUAAUGAGGAUCUAAACAAACAAAAGGUAUAAAAUCCAUUUAAAAAGAAAUAUAAUUUUGUCAGUUGACUUUAGUUCUCUGAAAGGUAAGUCAAUGUCCCAUCAAUUGAGCUGCUACGAACAUGCUAACAAGAAGCCAAAAAGCAUUUUACAAGUUGUAGUGGCUAUGAUAAUAGCAAUUUGUAAUUAAAACAUGCAAAUGGCAAACAACUGAUAAUAUUUAAGACAUUAAUUAAGUUCCCAGGAGUUGCAAUACUAUUUAUACUUUCAAUAAGACUUAAUACAUUUAUAUUUCAUGCUUUCGUUUUUUAAAGUUCCUGUAGUAUGGUUUCUCUAUGAAAUGUAAAUAACUAGAAUGAAAAAAAAACUAUUUUAAUGAGUAAGGAUGAUAAAUUACAUAAUUCCAUAUGUGUGAGAACAUGGCUUAGAACCAAACACACAUCCAUUCAAAUAAGUGCACAUAAAACUGCCGGAAUCUGAAUGAAUUUAGUGUCACACCAACAUCGUACUUCAGGAUUUGCUGUUGUGCUAUGGUUUAUAAGAUGUCGUUAUUGUGGAAAACUGGGUCAAGGGUAAUUGAGAUCUUGGCUAUUUUUGAAGUUUUCCAUGAGUCUGUAAUUAAGAUAAAGCUUGGAAAUAUGAAUAGCUGCUUCACUGUCCUAAUUAAAUAUGUGUAAGCUAUUGAUAGUCAGAAUUAAAUAUAAACAUGCCCCUGAUUCACAUCCCUUUUCCUAAGUCUUGGAAAUCCAUACACUUUUCUCUUUCAAAUAUUCUCCACAGAAAGCUGAUAAAAGCACAUGGUAUCAGGGGUCAAUUCUAUGCUGAAAACCCAAUCUACCCAUCCACCUCUGGUGUUCUGUUCAGACUUCAUUUCAUUAGAUUGUUUUCACUAGAGCCCUGCAUGAUAUCUAACUCUAAGUAUGCUCUUGAGAAAUGUUAGCUAGUAAAGAAUAAAGCACAAUAGAGUAGUAUUUGGCUAGAAGUGGGUAUGUAUAGUGGAGAGUAUUUACAGUCAGGUUAAGGGCUGAGAAAAGUGUGAUAGUGGGGAUCUUCUGGUGAUCUCUCUUCUACAGUUUCUAUGAACAAGCUUCCAUUGGCCACAGCCUCAAGCUUGCUGAAGACAACCACCAAGCUACUAUUAAGUGUAAAAUGAGACUUCGUUUAAUCCACCAAUUUUUAACUCAUCCACACUAACUCAAUCAAAUUGACCUGAUAUUUAGUUCUUUCCUUGUAUGGUGAGUGGGGGGCAAUGAUUUUCUAGGUGUGCAAAAACUGAAGAAAUGCAGACAAACCAAAAACUUCACAGUUUUGCCUGAUGCGACCUAUUGAUCUCAAUUUGGGUGAAGCUCGAUCUCGUCAGAAGUUUUUCCAAAUUAAUGGCGUGUGUGUGUGUGUGUGUGUGUGUGUGUGUGUGUGUGUGUGUGUGUGUGUGUGUGUUUGACAUUAUGUGAUUUCUUUUAAAUCACUUCCAACUGCCUUCAGAGGGAGCUUUGUGCUCAGGUGAUUCAUUAAUUCCCGUACCACUAUAGAACUGGGGACAAAACUCAUUUUGUAUUAUAGAAGUUCCUAGUGUGGUUCAUUUUUCGGCUCCUCACUCCUCCCCUCUGCCUCCAAACACAUUCCUCUUCCUCCCACCUCCACAGAUAUUUCAGAAGGUUCUGUGAGAAGUUCUCAGAGGCCCCAUUGUGUAGUAACAAAGAACUCUGGCAGUGUGUCAGGUUCUGUCCUUGCCUGCCGUCCUAAGUAGCAGGACAUCCUUAUCCCAGGCCUGCUACUUGCUAAACACUUGGAACCUAAGUCACAGCUCAUCAUGGAAGUCAGACCUAUUGGGUGGAUAUGUGGGCAGGUGCUGAAGAACUUCUCUGGAAGACUUGAGGGGAUCCAGAAGGCAAUCAUGGACCUUGUAGAUGAGUUUAAAGAUGAACUCCCUAACAUCCUAAGAUUAUCACAGUCUAAUCAGAAAAAAGAUCCAGUACAGAAAACCUCCAAGGUCAGAAUGGCUCUAGCUUUAGCCCAGAUCAACCGAGGAACAUUAAUUCAAGGAUUAAACAGCAUAUCCAGCUCUUCCAAAUCAGUGGCCAAACUUCUGCAGCCACAGCUGGCGUAUAGACUCUUAGAACUGAGGCACAUCUCUCACCGGCUGCUGAGAGAGGUGAAUGCACCGAGUCAACCUCUGUACAGCAUGCAGGUCAGAAGGGGUUCUCUAUUUGAAAUAAUUUCCUUUCCAGCAAAGACUGCCUUAACUAGCAUAAUGUAUGCUUCCUACGCAGCACUAAUUUAUUUGGCAGUCUGUGUUAAUGCUGUGCUGGUGAAGAUAAAGAACAUUUUUCAAGAAGAAGAAUCCAUAAGGCAAAAUAGAGAGAGUGAGAAUUUUAGGAAAGCCUUUUCUGAGCCCGUGCUUCCAGAGCCGAUGUUUUCUGAAGGUGAAAUCAAAGCAAAACCUUCCAGGUCAUUGCCAGAGAAGCCAGACAAGCUUUCAGCUCACCGCAAGCCUCCUGCCAACAAGCAGAGUAACAAGAUCCAGGUUUUACAUUCUGUGUUUGACCAAUCAGCCGAACUGAAUGAAUGAGAAAUUCGGACACA